AUGAACGGCCUCGGCAUUAUGAACAUGGACAUGAACGCCCACGGGGCGGCCGUCGCGCGGCCGAGCCCCAGCAUGCCCAACCUAAGAGUCACACACGCCGACGCCCUCGCCCAGGGCUGCGGCCGCAAAGACUGCUUCCACGACGCAGCGUCCCCGGACUGCGAGCUGCACGGCAACCUCGUGAGGGACAUCAUCAGAUCCCGCCGCGAAGAGCGCCGUGCAAGGCUGCAGCAAAGAUGUCGGACACAGAGCAGCGAGGCGCUGGCCAUGUCAGCUGCCGCCGCGGCCGUGUCGGCGACCAGAAACGUGACGCCGCUGAGGCGGCAGUUGAGCCAGAGCAGCACAAAAUCCGAGAGUCCGAGGUCGACUAUCUCGUCGGACUUCUCGCCGUGCGUGUCACCUUUGAUGGAGGAUCUCAUGCUUGAGGUCACGGAUGCGAUUGAGAGCAGCGGGACACCGCGUGAGGUCACGAUGCUGCCGCAGAGGCGGACGGCGCAUGAUAUGGACGAGAUUUACAGGCUUAUUGACGAGGCUCAGAGGGAAUACGAGUGCCUCGCUCAACCGCCCAUCGCAAAUGCGCGGUUUGAUGCAACAGCUCAACCGGGCUGGAUGAGAGAAGAUUGCUGGGGAAGUUUGACGGAUCACUCAUAG